AUGUCUAAUCCGCAUGCUUGCACGGAUCUCCUCAACCCACUCAUCAAUCCCAAUACCAUGCGUUCCUCGAAAGAUGGUGCGCUUCCUCUCUCAAGGCAGGUAGCGGAUGUGGUCCAAGGUCCCGGUGUGCUCUGCUCGUCCACCUCCGGUCGGUCCUGCUUGGGCAGAAUCUCUCGUUUCAGCUGGACCUGCUCAGACUCCAACUCACAGACUUUCUCGCAGCUGCUGCAGACCCUCUGCCAUCAGCGGUGGAUGCCAGAAGCCAACGUGACGCCAAAAGCCGGGGAAACCUUUGGGUAUAGAAGUCCAGGUGAGGAAGACCUCAACAGAAAUGGUAGUCCAGAUUCAGAGGCAGCAGAUGGUUCCUAUAGUAGUGAGGAGAGCAGUUCAGCUCUACACUUUGGUGUGGACAGAGAAGUCAACCAGCAAAGUAUCCAGGACCUGAGCAAGCAGACAAAGAGCCCCAGAAGAGGCUCUGCAGGCCAGAUCACCAAUGUACAGCCCAACGGGGGGCAAGGCCCCCAAGGAAAGCCCAAGAGAAAACGCUCAGGCUCGGACUCCAAGUCAGGGAAACCCCGCAGAGCUCGUACCGCUUUCACCUACGAGCAGUUGGUUGCCCUGGAGAACAAAUUCAAGUCUACAAGAUAUCUGUCUGUGUGUGAGCGGCUCAAUCUGGCACUGUCACUCUCCCUCACUGAGACACAGGUCAAGAUCUGGUUCCAGAACCGCCGGACUAAGUGGAAGAAACAGAACCCUGGCGCAGACACUUCAGCUCCCACUGGUGCAGGAAGCACAUCCGGCACCGGGGGAGGAAUAGGUGGUGCACUGGGGAACCUCAGUCCACUCAGCCCAUCACCUCCAAUUAAUGGGCAUCUAGCCAUGCACACAGGCUAUGCAUCAGGCCACCAUCACCCUUCUGCGGGCAGCCUUGUCCAGCUGCCUUUCCUGACAACCGGCCAUGUUCUAUCGCCAUUCAUGUUGGGGACACAGAGCUAUGCUGCACCUGCCUUUUACAGCUCCCACCUGUAG